UAAUGGUGUUCGGUAAUUUCUCAUAUACAUCUCCAAGUCAAAGACCCUUCACUGGCUCUUCCUCUUUUAGACCAUUCGCCGCCUUCACGCCCGGAUUUUGCUUCCUUCCAAGCGAUCUCGUUUCUCAACAAAUAUCAAAUUUUUAUCACAUGAAAUUCAGUGUUGUUGUUAUGAUCUAAGUCACAAACAAAAGUUCUGGGAUUUUUUUUGUUCUCUUUUGUUUCUUUGUUGUGAAAAAACCAUGAAGGGAUCUUUUUCUGGAAAACUAAAGUUCUUCGGCUUUGUUCUCCCAUGUAUUCUUUUGCCAGCACUUGUUUUCUCAGCCGUUGCGGAAGAUGAUCUGAAGUGCUUGGAAGGCGUCAAGAAUUCUCUAAAUGACCCAGAUGGGAAGCUAAGUUCAUGGAAUUUCAACAACAAUUCCGUCGGUUUUAUAUGCAAAUUCGUCGGCGUUUCUUGCUGGAAUGAACAAGAGAAUCGCCUCUUAAGUCUCCAGCUCCGAGACAUGAAGCUCUCAGGACAGCUGCCUCAAUCUUUAGAGUACUGUCGGAGUUUACAGACCUUGGAUCUGUCGGCAAACAGGCUUUCCGGUAUGAUCCCUCCCCAGAUAUGCUCUUGGUUACCUUAUUUAGUAACCCUCGAUUUGUCUAGCAACGAUCUGUAUGGUUCGAUUCCCCCCGAGUUAUCAAAUUGCGCUUAUCUGAAUAAUUUGAUACUGUCGAAUAAUAGGCUUUCGGGUCAAAUCCCGUACCAAUUAUCUAGUUUAAGCAGGCUGAAGAAGUUUUCUGUAGCGAAUAAUGAUCUAUCGGGUGCUAUUCCUUCAUCGUUUGAGAACAGUGAUAAGGCAGAUUUUGUUGGGAAUAAUGAUCUUUGUGGGGUUCCUCUUGGAAAGUGUGGGGGUUUGAGUAAGAGGAAUUUAGCCAUCAUAAUCGCAGCUGGUGUUUUUGGUGCAGCGGCUUCAAUGUUGUUGGCAUUUGGGGUUUGGUGGUGGUUCCACUUGAAAAGGGUGAGUAGGAGGAAAAAAGGUUUCUUUGGAAGGGGAGAUGAUAACAGUUGGGUUGAGAGACUUAGGGCUUAUAAAUUGGCUCAAGUCUCAUUGUUCCAGAAGCCACUUGUGAAGGUUAAAUUGGCUGAUUUAUUGGCUGCAACCAACAAUUUCAGUGCGGAGAACAUCAUAGGUUCGACCAGGACCGGAACUACCUAUAAGGCGGUGCUCCCUGAUGGAUCAGCCCUCGCGAUCAAGAGGCUGAUGGCUUGCAAGCUCGGCGAGAAGCAGUUUCGAUGGGAGAUGAAUAGAUUAGGCCAACUUAGGCAUCCGAAUUUGACACCCCUUUUGGGGUUUUGUGUGGUUGAGGAAGAGAAGCUGCUGGUUUUUAAGCAUAUGUCGAAUGGGACUCUGUAUUCCUUGUUACAUGAGAGCGUUGCUGUUGUGGACUGGCCGACUAGGUUUCAGAUAGGUUUGGGUGCAGCCAGGGGUCUAGCUUGGCUGCACCAUGGGUGUCAACCUCCGAUUCUGCAGCAGAACAUAUGUUCCAAUGUGAUUCUUAUCGAUGAGGACUUUGAUGCUAGGAUAAUGGACUUUGGAUUGGCAAACCUUAUGAUUUCUUCCGAUAUUAAUAUAAGUGAAUCCGGUUAUAUAGCACCGGAGAGUUCAAGCACCAUGUUCGCUUCAAUGAAAUCUGAUGUGUACGGCUUCGGUGUUGUGCUUCUUGAAUUGGUAACUAGGCAAAAACCCCUAGAGGUCAAUGCAGGUGAAGAAGGACUCAAAGGUGAUUUGGUGAAUUGGGUAAAUCAUCUCUCCAACUCCGGUAGAAUCAAAGACGCCGUCGACAAAGAUCUCUGCGGAAAAGGCCACGAUGAAGAAAUUCUGCGGUUCCUCAAAAUCGCAUGCAACUGCAUGGCUCCUCAGCCAAAGAACAGAUGGUCCAUGUUCAAGGUUUAUCAGUCAUUGCAAACCAUGGCCGAGGAAAAAGGUUUUACGGAACAGUUUGAUGAUUUCCCUCUGAUUUUCAAUGACCAAGAUAAUGAAUCAACGUAGAGUUGGGUUUUUAUAUCUGUUAUAAAUAGUUUGUAUGAUACCAAUAAACAUGUUAAACUGUUUGUUCUUGUGCCUUGAAGAGAUGUAUUUGUUUUGCCCCUUUGCUUUCUUGAUGAAACUAAUACUGAUUGCUUCAACA